AAUGAUUCGAAAUGUACGUGCACCCACAUCCGCGAUUGAAACUGUCCGGGGAGUGUCACUGGCUAGAAUCACUUUCUUCCUGUUUCACUUCAACGCACUGGGGAGUUAUUCCUUGUAAUUGUGUGAAUGUCGGGGAACAUUAGCUCCACAAAAGUCAUCUAACCGCUAGCGAGCUACUUGCCAGCUGCUUCUAGCAGGCGCUUACGACCCCGGGCUACCUGAACCAGGUGUGGAGCAUGUGGGCGUCCUGCUGUAACUGGUUAUGUUUGGACACUGCCACGGUGGAGGAGAGCAACAGCCGCACGCGUCACCAGGCCUAUACUAACUCAGGCUACAGCAACUACCCGUCGCCCCCACUCCCGGACCACACGUGCAAAGCCUGCGGAAGCCGCUUCGUCACCCUAGCCAGAAAGCAUGUCUGCAUGGACUGCAAGAAUAACUACUGCGGCAGGUGUUCGGCCCAGCUUGAGCCCCGUCCACGCCUUUGCCACACCUGCCAGCGGUUCCACGGCACACUUUUCGAUCGCACCGAGCUGAUGAAGGUCAAGGUGAAGGACCUGCGCGACUACCUCCACCUGCACAAGGUCUCAACGCAGAUGUGCCGUGAGAAAGAGGAACUGGUGGAGUUGGUCCUGGGACAGCAGACACAGUCACUCUCUGGCCCAAUCGUAAACCCUCUGACCCAAACCGCCACCCAGCAUGAGACAACUCCUCCUCCAGGACACCCCACCACCACCACACCCUCUACACACCCCGACUCCACCUCCACAGACCAUGCCCCUUCACAGCCGCCACCCUCUCAGGAGGACAGUCAGACCGUGUCUGUGUUGGUGUCCCCGGGUCUUGAGGAGCCACUGGACACUGAGGGAGAUACAGAGCUGCAGGGAGAGCAGGAGCUGCAGUCCUCAGACACAGAGGAGGUGCUGGUGCCAGGCCGCAGGGCGUCGCUGUCUGACCUGGCCGUGGCAGAAGACAUCGAGGCCCUCAGCGUCCGGCAGCUCAAGGAGAUCCUGGCCCGUAACUUCGUCAACUACAAGGGCUGCUGCGAAAAGUGGGAGCUAAUGGAGAGGGUCACCCGCCUCUACCACGACCAGAAGGACCUCCAGAAUCAUCUGGUUUCAAGUACAAACGACGGCACAGACCCCAGCGGUACCCCUGGCCAGGAGGAGAACCUGUGUAAGAUCUGCAUGGACUCUCCCAUUGACUGUGUCCUACUGGAGUGUGGCCACAUGGUCACCUGCACCAAGUGUGGCAAGCGGAUGAACGAGUGCCCCGUCUGCAGGCAGUAUGUGGUGCGGGCCGUUCAUGUCUUUAGAUCCUGAGACCCAAGCCUUGGGAACCCCACCCCCACCUCCCGUAAAUAAACAAGGGACUUCCUUCUUGUGGCCUUACCACCCAUAGACUAGACGAGGGGUAUUAAACUCUUACCCUAUGGGGUCCGGAGCCAGCUGGUUUUCUGUUCUACCUGAUACUUAAUUGCACCUACCUGGUAUCCAAGGUCUAAAUCAGUCUGAGAUUUAGAGGGGAACAAUUUAAAAAAGCAGUGGAACUGGCUUUGAGAUCCAGAGUUGAGUUUAAGGGGACUAGACUAACCACCUCUCCCUCCAGAUCUCCACUGCUCAGAUGGUCCUUGAGACCCUGAGUAGUGGUUCCUCCUGUUGGAGGGAUGAACAGGUGAGGUUAACCUCAUUAUCCCUUUGAUAAACCACACAAACCCAAUGACUGGACAUGGGCACUUCCUACUGUUAUUGACUGGACUUCUAUAGUUCAUAUCCCAAGCUGAUAAGGAUAUGUCUUAUUAUUAGAAUAAGAGAGUGCCUGUAUUAAACAGGCAAUACCAUAUUUAUUUAUUUUUCCUUUGGAGACCUGCAUAUAAACACAAAAAUGUCAGAUUUUGCAGAGUUACAGUUCAUAUAAAGAAAUUGGUCUACUGAAAUAAAUAAAUUGGGCCCUAAACCAUAGAUUUCAAAUGACUGUAAAGGGGCGCCGCCAUGGGUUGGCAUAGGCCCACCCGAUGGAGAGCAAGGCCCAGCCAAUCAGAAUGAGUUUGUCCCCACAAAGGGCUUUAUUACAGACAGAAAUACUCCUCAAAUGUUAGUGGCCUUUUAUUGUCCCCAGCACAAGGUGCGCCUGUGUAUUGAUCAUGCUGUAUAAUCAGCUUCUUGAUAUGCCACACCUGUCAGGUGGAUGGAUUAGCUUGAAAAAGGCAAAAAUGCUCACCCUCAGGAAUGUAAACACAUUUAUGCGCACAAUUUGAGAGAAGAUUUCUGGGAUCUUUUAAUCAGCUCAUGAAACAUGGGACAAACACGAAACAUGUUGCGCUUAUAUUUUUGUUCAGUGUGUAUAUAUAAGCACCAAGUGCUCUUAAUAAUGGAUUAGAUUGAUGUAACUGUUAAGAGUUGAACCCCAGUAAAAGGGAAAGCAUUUACAUUAGUGGUUGAGCUGAGAACACAUCCAUAGGAUUUCCCUAUGUGUCUUGUCGUUACUCUGCGCUUAGCAAAGCAGGAACCCCCUGUGGUGGUAUAGUGUAAAAGCCAACCCAUAGACACUGCAUACAUUGUUUAUCAAUGAAGCAAAGCCUGCAGAUGUUCACUCAAUCCCUCUGCUGUAGAAUCAGGUGGACACGCAGUUUUAGUGCUUACGUUUUAGCCUGGUCCCAGAUCUGUUUGUGCUGUAUAGCCAACUCCUAUGGUUAUUGUCACGUCAAACCGAGAGUUCCCUGAAGGAGAGGCCCUUUUUCCACUGCAAACGGGACUAUCUGGCAUACUUUGUAGAAAGACACUACGGGGGCCGUACACCAACACACCACAAGGAGAGAUGACCUCGAAGGUGAAGAGGGACAGAUAGGUCCUGACCAGCGCAACAAACCACAAAGGCAGAACUACUACCAGAGGCUUCCGAGCAAGGGUUUUGCAUGACAUCGACCAUAGGAUUUGGUUAUACAGCACAAACCGAUCUGGGGACCAGGCUACUUAUGCUGACAGUGGAAGAGAAUAUGUGGAUCAGUGGUCCUUCACUAUUCCAACUAUAUACAAGUGCUUAAUCCUUCCAAUACUCAACUGCUCACUGUAUUUUUCAGCAACAACAUUGACCAAAGGCCCUUACACUUGCUAUUGUAUUUUUUUUAAAUAAACCAAAAUAAACCAUGUCAGAAUAGCAUGGUGUAUAGCUAAAUCUAGUCGUGCAUAAGCAUAUAAUUCACUAGUUGUGCACUAUAUGUGUUGUCAUGACAUACAUACAUAAAAGAUGAGUUGUCGAAAGCACAAGCAGAUCUUUGGCAUUGCCCAAGAUGAAAGUUAAAGCUCUUAAAGACAUCUCAUCCGUUUGGCUAGCCAAGUACCUUAACUCCACAAUGAGACUAUCGUUUUUUUUUUCCUCCGACUCUUUCGAGUUGCUAUGAGGUCGAUAAUUUUUUUAAUCAUCAAACCCUUACCGUGUACCUAUGUUUGUCCUCUGUUGCAUGCCUUUCAUUGUUUGCUGAAUACUUUUUAAUAAAACCAAAUACAACAAC